GAUGCGCCUCAUGGACAGAUGCUUUUAUGAAAAGAUUUUUUAGGCCGCUGUUUGCAAGGAUGGCCGAGCUUUCUUCUAACUGGAAAAAACUUCAAGCUCAAUUAACAGCUGAGGCAGCCUCCAAGCCUUCAACAAAACGAAAGGCUGAAGAGCAGCUACAAUCCUCACUGCGGAAAAAGUCGUUUGAAACAUCCAAGAGCAAAGCCCCUAAACCGCUAAAUCGAAAAGAUAAGCCGCCUGUUCGUAGAAUGGGCGGUGUCCAAAGCUCGGCAGCGAUAGAAAAACCGAAGCAAACUCCAUCACCAUCCUUGGCGAUUUGGGCUGAAGAUCAUGGGGUCUCUGCGGAGGAUUUGGCAGAGGCGUAUGGCCUAGGUGUCAAAGGAAAUUCUCUGAUGUUUGCCUCUACGAAAGACAAGGUGAAUCACGGUCUUACCAGUGGACUCGAGAUUGGAAAGUAUGUCGCUAUCGACUGCGAGAUGGUAGGCGUUGGUCCCGGCGGACAUGAAUCAGCGCUGGCACGCAUCAGCAUCGUCGACUUCCAUGGACGGCAAGUGUAUGAUUCAUACGUCAAGCCGAAAGAGCGCGUCACCAACUGGAGAACAGCCGUCAGUGGAAUCUCUCAAAAAGAAAUGAGAUUUGCAAGAGACUUUGACGAGGUCCAGAAAGAAGUCAGCGACAUUUUGCAAGACAGAAUUCUCAUUGGCCAUGAUAUCAAGCAUGACUUGGAUGCCCUCAAACUCAGCCACUCUCUCAAGAAUAUACGCGAUACCGCCAAAUAUCCGGCGUUCAAAAAAUAUGGCCACGGCAGGAAACCCGCACUGAAGAUCCUCGCCAAGGAAAUUCUCGGCAUCGAAAUCCAAAGUGGACCGCACUCUAGUACUGAAGAUGCCAGAGCUACUAUGCUUCUGUUUCGGAAGCACAAAUCCGGUUUUGACAUGGAUCAUGUCAACCGAUUUGCUCCAAAGCAACCAACAAAUACCGGCGCAUCUCGUCUUAAAAAGAAGACUAAGAAGAAGUCAUGAUACAACAUCAAGUUUGCAUAUGUCCUGAAUACUUGAAUACCCUCCUCUGUCGUAUCAGGGGUGCAUUUCUGAAUAGCGUAGAUCGGAUAUCUUUCUCAAAACUCCCCCAAGGAGUUUGAUCUCUGGAGUCUGGGCGUUGGCGUGAUGGCUUCCAACCCUUUCUACUUUUUCGAUAAUAUAUGAGCUCUAUGAACUUAGAAUACUACCCGGGCCAAAUAAUCCAGCGAAAUGUUAUGAUGCAUACGCUAAUUCCAAAUAACUUUGCACA